AUGGCGACAGAACCUAUCACGGAUCCCUCGGUUCCACUCUUAAAAGAACCCAACCUAACAUUUAAUGGAAAGAGAGAGACACGAAGCAUUCUGUGGAGAAGAAUGUUGGCCGUGGUUUACAGCCUGUUUCUGUGCUGGCAAUUGAUUGGGAUGUGUUUGUACCUAGUUCGCGCGGCCACGUGCUUUAAACAUAAGGUCCCCACCUACAAGUGUGAUAUAAAUGCUGCCUUCAAAUAUUCAGCGGAACUACAACUGUGCUAUUUGCUCAGCGCAUGUCUUCACCUUACCAUUGCCAUUAUAAUUCUACCAAAGAUCUCCGCUUUUCCUGGUUAUGAGGCAGUUGUCCUACAACUGAAAAGCCUUCCCCAGUUUUGGUCACUGUGCUUCUUUCUUCUGGCAGCGUCGUUUAGAUAUCUGGCAUUGUGUAUUUUGGGCACCUUUGGUGAACAAACCACAUUCUAUUAUCCACUACUUAUUUCUUUCGCUUUGUGUAACAUUUUGAAGGCUGUUGUUGUUUGCGCGGUGAACUUCGCUAAACUGAGUCCCUUAAAGAAGAAAUCGGCUAGGACGCUGUUCGUGUUUUCAAAAUUGACAAUUUUGAUGAUUUUUAUUGAAAACCUUUUGCGUUUCAUGGUCUCUCUUUUAGCAUUCUCCAUGGACGCCAAAGACCUUAUGCAAGAUGAAAAAGUCCACUACUCCUCUGAUGUCUUAGUUGUUUUCUUCUUUCUAGAAAAGUUUGGUACAAGUUGCUUUCAUUAUAUAAUAAUGAACUUUUUCUGGAAAAAACUGUUUUAUGGUGAUAGAUAUGUUCUCUCGGGCCAUCACAGUCCUCAGAAGCCUUGUACCCAGGCCAGUUCACGUUAUCCGAGUUACCAGAAGAGUCUUGGAAACGACCGCGAAUUUUCCAGACAAGCUUGA